UGGAGACACACAGCAAGUACCUUCCUCCCAACCUCACUGCCUCCUUAUCCAGCCAGGAAGACCACAAAGUUCAACAAUGGCCAUCACCGACAUCCUCUCUGCUAAAGAUAUUGAAUCUGCUCUCUCCAGCUGCCAGGCUGAUGAUUCCUUCAACUACAAGUCUUUCUUCUCCAUGGUUGGUUUAUCCAGCAAAACUCCUGAUCAGAUAAAGAAAGUUUUUGGAAUCCUUGAUCAGGACAAGAGUGGUUUCAUUGAAGAGGAGGAGCUGCAGCUGUUCCUGAAGAAUUUCUCUUCCAGUGCCAGAGUCCUCACCUCUGCAGAGACCAAGGCUUUUCUGGCUGCAGGUGACACUGAUGGUGAUGGCAAAAUUGGAGUGGAAGAAUUCCAGUCUCUGGUGAAGGCAUAAACAGCAUUAGACCAAAGGCAACCUCGGAGUGACUCUCCCAAUUACCUCGUCCAACAAGCACUUCGCACCCAGCAUGUGUUUGUACUUUUUUCUAUUGUUUCAGGCAUCAACGCUUCCCCACACACGGAAUUCACACCCCCGAUCACUGAGAAAGAAACCUCGCAGUGUUUUGGUCACAUGGUAUUGCUCCACUUCCACUGUAAAGAAGGCACUUUGUGAUUUUCAGCCACUGAUAAUGUUGAAAUUGCAGCUGGAAGAGGGGAGGAAAAAAAAAAAUUCAAAAAACCCCAACCAGACAAAAAGAACCUCGGGGAGGGGGGAGAAGCUGAUUUUUAAAAUUUGCUUAGGUUCUCCAUUCUCAUGCUGACUCGCCAGAUGCAGUUUGGAUCAUCUGAAACAAUGUGAUAUCUUC